UGAGGGGUUUUUUGAAGUUAAUCCAUUAUCCUGUGAGCAGCUGUAGAUGACAAGUUUCCCUUGAAGACUCAAAGCCACUUAUGUGAGCCAGAAGGUUCCUCGAUUGCCGCAGGGCUCAGUUCUAAUUGCUCCGAGAAUCCAUCGCUCCUGCAGCUUCCAUGAUCAGUAUCGCAUUAUCAGCAGUGAAUUGGAGGGCUGGGACAGAAUUACAGCGCUAGGUAAUCAAACACAGGUGCUGGCCAUUUUUCCUUUGGGGUUUGUGGAAGAGUAUAUUGGAUUUAUUCUGAAUUCUUCAAACUUUCAUCAUUUCACUUUGAUAAGACUUUGAUAACUUUGAUCUCACCGUAUGUUCUUUGUAAUGAUUGUGCUUUUAAAAGGUUUUUAUGAUCUUUCUCAUCAGUAUCUUUCUUCUGUAUGUGUAAGAUUCUCUGUCGCGUGGCAGUGAGUUGGUGACACUGAUUUUGGGAUCAAAAGAGUUGAGUCAGUUCUGAAGUUUUAGAAGAUUUUGGAGUUAAAAUUAAAUGUCAGUGAAUGGAAGACUUCACCUGGAUUACUGUAUUUGAAAGGAAAUCACGAUUUACCUCAUGUGACAUUAGUUGAAUUGAAGCACCGAUACAUUGCCACUUUUGCAUUGUUUGCAGUUUUUGCAACGUGAUUCAAAAUCAUAGGAUGUAUCACACAAUCAAAUGGGAGUCUGGGGACCUACUAGUUGGAUGUCUCCUGGCCAUUGGAGGGAACCUCAUGAUCAGUGUAUCACUCAAUGUUCAGAAAUACUCUCAUAUGAAGAAUGAAGACAAAGAAGAAAAAGACCAGGCCCACUACACCAAGAGUGGGUUAUGGUGGGUGGGACUCAUUCUCAUGGGUCUCGGAGAAGUCGGCAAUUUCUCUGCCUAUGGUUUUGCGCCAGCAUCCCUGGUGGCACCUCUAGGAACUACAACUGUUAUCGCCAACAUGUUCUUAGCAGCCAUAUUUUUAAAAGAGAAAAUCCGACCAGAAGACUUAUUCGGGAGUGCUAUAUCAAUACUUGGUGCCUUUUUGAUUGUUACAUUUUCUUCCAAGAAAGAUGCUGUAUUAAAUGGAGACGAGAUUGUUGACUCUUUACGGGAAGUUGCAUUUAUCAUUUAUGUGACGAUAGAAUUAGUUGCCUUAGUCAUCUUGUUCGUGUUGCUGUACAAGUUCAAAAAGGAAAAUGUAUUGAUAUUUCUGCUCAUAACAUCAUUACUAGCGUCGUUCACUGUGAUCUCAGCGAAGGCUGUCUCGAGCAUGUUACAGCUGACCAUCGCCGGCUUCAUGCAACUUGAUCACUGGAUAUUCUAUGUCAUGUUGAUCAUCAUGGUCGCUACAGCUGUAAUACAAGUCAAGUAUCUAAACUUAGCCAUGAAGUCAUUCUUUUCGACUGUGGUGGUGCCAACAAACUUUGUCUUCUUCACAAUCAGUGCUAUUCUCGCCGGUAUUAUCUUCUACAGAGAAUUCUGGGGGCUGAGUGCCCUGGAUAUCUUCAUGUUCCUCUUUGGGUGCAUCUUGUGUUUCAUUGGAGUGCAUUUCAUCACAGCCGGGAGGGCUGGGGCAGAAGAGUCUGGUGAAGGAGUGUCACGUGACAAGAUAGUGGCUGAAUUCAUUCCGAAGUCUAGAGCAAGCACUGUGAUAUCUGAGACUCUAGAAACCUUAGCGAGGCCCCCUGCUUUGUCCAGGGCAUUUUCUUGUUCUUCUGUUGAGAGUGUUCCCCAUCAGAGUGGUCUCACAGCUGGUGCUACCAUGUCAGCCUGGUUGUUAUCCAAUAUCAACCAAGCCCAGGUGCAGCCCCCUCAGGACCUCACGCACUCGUCAGGCGAACGACCCAUUCAAACCCAACGCCUCGGUAGCCGAGAUAGUUCCAUGUCGACAUCUUCCACCGCUGGAUCAUCUGACCCCCUCUAUGAACCAGAAGAAGAACCAAAGGCAGAGUCUGCACUGAACAUCGUGGAUGAGAAGAGGUCAUAUGGAGCUACUAAUACCUCUUGAUAUGCGGAGACACCAGAGUGGGUUUAGACUGAAAACUAUCCAUUCUCAAAGAGAUUAUUGUUCUAUUCCCAACGUAUUAUCCCAUCUCAUGAUGCCCCAAAUGACGUCAUCUGUGGACAGAUUUUGUUUUUAGGCGGUCUUCCACUGAGAUAACUUCUACUUUCGCCAGAGCGGCCUCCAAUUUCUCACCAUUAAGAACAAAUUGAAAAGAAAUGCAUUGGUGAUAUUUUUGUAUGUUUCAUUCAUGUAUUCAUGUAUUCAUGUAUGUUUUUGUUGUGAUUGAUCCGAAUAAGACACUUUUGUCAUUAGUAGGCCUGAUGAACUCUGAAGUCAGUGCCAGGCUACCAGUCUAGUCAACUAGAGGUUAUUUUGCCUAUCUUUUUGGCUAAAUACAUCUAUUACAGAUUGAAACUUCAUUUUUUAUUACACCCUGUAUUUGGGCUAGAUCAAACAUUCCUAAGGAAUGUCUUUCUGUCAAGCACCUUGUAACAAAAGUGAAGCGUACAAUGUUUAACACAGUGUAUGUUUAAGAGUUAUAGUCCUCUUGUUGUGUAAGAGAAUGUACUGUAAAGAAGUGAUAUUUUUCAGAAUCUAUGUUGAUAAGUAAAUUAUUGUUGAUUUAUUCAGAGUCUAAUGUGACAUAAGUGUAAACAUGUACUAGAUGUGAAUCCUCAGUUUUCAUUCUAAUGAAUAUACUGUUAUGGGCCUAGAGAAGACUUGUUGGAGUCUUGGUACGGUGGCGGGGUGAAUGGAACUAUUUUCUUCCUCCUUUCAAUUCUCCGUGAAUUCACCUACCGCAAACAAUUCUGGACUAUUAGCCAGUUUAUUUACUAGAAUGACCACCGUGUUAUUAAGUUCCUUUGAAAUUGCCAUUAUUCAUAGGAAAAAUUUAUCAGAAGAAAAAUUACAUAGAGAUUAUUAUUACACUAUAUUAGAAUCAUAUUGUAAUGUCAGGUUUUCUCUUUAAGAGCCUGUGUGACGACCUUGUAUGACCACCUUGUAUAAGCACAAACAACAAAUGUUGUUUGGAUCGAUGAAAGUUGCAUUUGAGAAAGAAAGAAAUGUAUCAAAUCAUGAAUUGUUUGUACCACUGUGAUUUUGAUCCCUAAAAGCAGAUAAAACUUUUUUGUGUGGAUAUGUGUAGAUAUCAAAGCUAGGACAUCAUUAUAUUGCUGGAAGACAAUAAUGGUGCUUUACUUUGUUGUUUGUGUGUGAAGAUUCAGAAACUGAAUAAAGUAUAUCUGGAAAUAUGUUGAAA